AUGUUUGAAUGCAGUUUAUGUCGUUCAAAUUUCAAACGGAUUGAAUACGUACGUACUUUUAUAAAAGUACUUGAAGUAUUUGUAGAAGUGCAUAUAGAUCGUUUUUUAUUAAACCGUUAUUUAAAUUUUUACAGCGGUAUUUCAUCUGACAGAAAAUCAAAGUUGAAUAAACGAAAACGAAAUGAAAAGAAAUGUGAAAAUCAAGCCAAUGAGCAAAUUUUUCCAAAUUUCGCUCUGGCAAAUAUCGAACUUGAACCGAAUGCAUCAAAAUUUGCAAUUUUUUCUGCAAUAAGAUCAUCUGUGUUGGAAGCGGAUACGAAAUAUGACUUAUUUCAGGAAAAAUCUUCAAAAAAAAUUAAUACUUCUUCAACAUGCUGCUUUUUAUGUGUUGGAGCAUGUAAGGUGAAUAAUCAAGUUGAAUGUUCUUGCCAUUCGUCGGAAAAACGACCAAAAACUUCUGAAGAAGGUAAUAGUGAAGAUGAGAGCGAUAGCAAUGAAGUAACUGAAAAAGAGAUUAUAACAAAAGUACCUCAGAUCGUUGGUGCUGGUUUACGAAGUUUGUUUGAAUUAAUUGCUGAUGCGCGAAAUGUUCAACCGAAUUUGUGUAAUAAAGCACUAAAGGCUUUGUUUGACGUCAUAGAAGGUCAGCAGCCCGAAAGUUUUAAAAGUGAACCUGAAAAUUUAAUUAAUCCUUUAUACGAUCUGUUACUUGAUCUUGCUACUUCAUAUAGUCCAGUGGCGGCAACAGAUGAACCAUCUUCCACAACAGUUACUGUUAAUGGAAAUUGGUCAUCUAUUGCUUGUUCAGCUUUAUUGGGUUUAUGCGUUGCACGCGGUGAUACAGGAAAAAUAUUAAAAGCUGUUACAGCACUAUUAAUGUCACCAAAAGUCUUGUCAUCACAAAAUAUUCAGUUACCAACAGUUUUGGGAACCUUACAAAGAACCGUUAUGGCUGCUGCACUUAAUAAGCCCAUUAAACCAGACUUUCAUACUCACGGAAUACCAAAAAAUUCUUUGGUAGAUCAGUUUUCUAUCAAGUCAAUUGUAUCUUCUUAUACGAAUUUUACUUCACAACCAGCAAUGACGACUGAUGGUACUUAUCUCUAUCUUCUAGUCUCAAACAGUUUGUUUAAAAUAGGAACUGGAUUUAAUGGGACAUAUAAGGGUCAUAUUUAUGCUAGAAAUAAUGAUUUUGGGAAAGAUAAAACAGGAUGGAUUGGUUUUUAUUGCAAUAAAUUGUACUUUAAAAGAACAUCUAAGAGGAAUGAUGGUAUUUUAAUUAUAAGUACUGAUUCACUCUCCGUUACUGGAUCUGCCCCAAUUAAUACGCCUUCUAUGAGAGAAGGACAAAAUUUUCUAUUUUUUUCUGAUGAAGAUUCUAUAAAUAUGAUUUACACAAAUAGAGAUGACACUUUAGUAGUUAAGCAAAUAAGAAGUAGUAGACAAUCUUCAUUUGAAUUGCCAUUGAAAUUAGCAAGGAAGAAAUUUCGAACAUUAGGUUAUGCUUCCUUCGAGGAUGAAGUUUUAAACCAAAAUCAAAUUCAAAAAAUUCAAUCCUCUUAUAAUGUAUUUGAGCCUAAAUUACCUAAUGACAUUGAAAUUCAAGGAAUUGCUUGUGGAAAGGACUUUGGGAUUGUUCGUGCUUUGAAUGGUAAAAUAUAUUACUAUGGAAAAUCAGCAUCAUUGGGUUUAAAAUCAGUUGGUCGUACCCCAACUAUGAAAAUGACUGAAUUAAUCGUAUCCAAGUCGUCGAAUAUUAUUCAGAUUGCGGUUGGACAUGAUGGUAUUCACGCGCUUUUGGUAAAUGAUGAUGGUACUGUUUAUUUUGCUGGAACCGCCCGCCGAGGUGAAGACGGUGAUAGUUCAAAAAAUCGACGGCAACCAAAAGCUGUGAAACCGAAAAAAAUGACAAAAAUUGAUGGACAUGUCGUAAUUCAGGCUGCUUGUAAUAAUGGGACAUCUGCUUUUGUCACGAAAACUGGUAAAUUAAUAAUGUUUGGAAAAGACACAGCAAACUGUGAUUCACUUGGUUUUGUAACUGAUUUAAUGGAUCAACAUAUUACAAAAGUCGCAUUGGGAAAAGCUCACUGCGUAGCUUUAACCUCAAAAGGGCAGCUUUUUACAUUUGGUCUUAAUAAUAAGGGUCAGUGUGGAAGAGUUUUUCCAAAAGAAAAGGAUUCUAUUAGUUCCGAUAGUACAGAUACGAAGAAUUCUAGUGGUAGAAAAGUCAAAUUUGAUUUUUCAAUAAUGUGUGAUUUUGAUGAGCACGCAGUUAUUCAAGGGCAAUGUAGAGUAUGCGUUAUUUGUAAGGAAUGUACUGGUUACAACGUAUCUUGUGUCUCCACACUUAACGUUCCGAUAGACGAGAGAGUAGUUGGAACUGUCUGUCCAUGUGGUCAUGGGGAUGCUGGAUGUUCAAAAUGCGGAGCCUGUUCAGCUUGUAUUGCAAUUCAAGAAAAUGAAAACAGUGUUACGGAACAUAAAGACUCAAAACAUGCAAGUAUUUUGAAUCGUCAAAGAUCUAAGAGCAUGAUUUUGCGUAAGAAAGAUAAAAAGGUAUCCGAAGAAAACAGCACUCCAUCUGAUAUUGAACGGGAUACUCCAAGAGUAGCUCCAUUAGCACCUCACAGAGUAAUAUUACCAACGAAUAGUCCUGUUGUUCAAAUUGCAUGUGGCUUACACCAUACAGUUGUAUUAACCUUAGAGGGAGAAGUUUUCACUUUUGGAAGUAACCAAUAUGGGCAGCUAGGAACUGGCGAUUUGCAACCAGUAAUAGGACCAGUGCAAGUUAAAAUUCAAGGAGUCAAUAAUCAAAUAAGCCAGGUGGCUGCUGGAAGUAAUCACACUGUAUUAUUAACACAUAAAGGUGUUGUUUAUACUUUCGGAAGCUAUCAAAAAGGACAACUAGGACGUUUACCUAAUGAAGUUCACAAACCUUCAAUUAGUGACGAUAUUGAAAAACAUUCAGACAGCCCACAAAAGGAAAUGACUGCUUCUAGCAUUUUAGCCCAAAGGCAAAAGUUUUUGUGGAAUUGCAGUCCAGGAGCAGUAUUUGGACUUGGACCAAGUUUUGGUAAAAAAGCUACAUGGAUAGGAGCUGGAGGAGAUCAAACUUUUAUAAAAAUUGAUGAAUCUUUAAUAACAACUCAGAUGUUACCGAAAGUUAAUAUUGUUGCGGAUAAGGAAACUAUUUUGAUGAUACCAACUAUUCCAUUGUCAUUUCAUUGUUUGACUAUAAGUAGGCGUGAUGGAAGUUGCAAUGCUCAUUAUCGUAAUCAAGUGAAUUUUGUGCAAAUGAUACAAUCAAACCCUAAUGCGAUGCCUGAAAUCAACCAGAAUCUUGAUCCUCACGUUUUAGCGCAACAAAAUCAACAAGAUCAAAUGUCACGUAGUAUGCAUGAAGCUCGAAAUCAAAUAUUUGAUUUAGCUGAGAAUCAAAAUGAAAGAGGAAGACGUCAUCACGAAAGUAGUAUUAGUGAAAAAGUAAUGCCACAAAUUGCAUUUGCUUUGGAUCCGCGUUUUGGAGUAUUAUGGAUAUUUGAUGGUGGUUUAAAAAAAAUAUUUUGUUACAAUGUCGUUGCUAGUGAAGUAACUGAUGAUAGUCCGGACUCAGCAAAUUAUAAAGCAAUAUUAAUGCCCCAAUUAUCAUUGCCACAAAAGAAAGAGUCAUUAAUAUCGAGAUCCCAAGCGUCUUCAAACUUAUUAGCAUGUUUGGACAUUCUAACUUCGGCUCAAGAUGCAAUACCGGCAUGUUUUGAACAAGAAACGCCACAACAGACCAGUUACACUAAAGAAGCACAGUCAAAUGAAUAUCAAACUGUUAACCGAUUUGAAAAUUUUGGUGGUGGUUGGGGAUAUUCAGGGCAUAGUGUAGAAGCAAUAAGAUUUUCUGUUGACACCGACGUUAUGAUUUGUGGUUUUGGUAUGUUUGGUGGUCGUGGGGAAUAUUCAUGCAAAAUUAAACUUUUCGAUCUUGGCGCCGAAGGUGGUGGAUAUGAGAAAGAUGGAGUUUUAAUAACUGAAACAAAAGAAAUUCCAUAUGAGUGUCCUGCUCGUAGUAAAUAUCACAUCAUGCUUCCAAAACCGGUAACUGCUGUAGCUAAUCGUUGGUAUUUGGUGUGGGUCCGUAUUGCGGGUCCAUCAUCUGAUUGCGGAUCAUCUGGUCAAAAUAGCGUAACAACUGAAGAUCAAGUUGUUUUUACUUUUAAAUCUUCAAAAAAGGCCAAUAAUGGAACUGAUGUUAACUCUGGUCAAAUUCCUUUGAUAAUAUACAGACUGAUAUCGCAAGAAAUUAAGCAAACUCCAUUACCUCUUAAUGUUGAUCCUGUUCAAAAAGUUUCUAAAUUUUUCGCAAAUACAGUAACAAAAGAAUGCUUUGAAUCAUUAGUUUUGCUUUUGGGUUGGGGAUGGGAUACUUUCAAACAAAAUUUAAAGGAUCAAAAAGACCGAACGAGAUAUUUUCAAAUUAAAAGUUCAUUAGAACAUUUAAUUUAUGUUAACAAAUCUUGCUUGAGAUUAUUACGUAAAUACGCCAACGAAAUAUAUCCACCUAAGAUUACAAAAGUGGGACAAGUUACAGUAAGCUCUAGAAAAAGUGGUAGUUGUUCAAGUGAUAUCAAUACUCAAACAUGUAAAUAUAAUAAAGAAAUUGUUUCCUUAAAUAAUGUUGAAUUUCUCUUUAAAGACAAUAUUCCAAAAGGUACACCAAGUGCGCCAGCUAUGUUUAGGAACGUUAAUGAGUUACAAACUCCAACGACGAGAAAAGCGAACAUGGAAAAUAUUCAAUUGGCAGAAUGUAUUGGUAACGUAAGAGCUUUGCUAAUUCAAAUUCUAUGCGAUGAUAUAUUUAACGAUAUUCAGUCAGAAGAUGAUUACGAUAUGGUUGUCGUAAUUUUGGAAGAAUGUCAUACUAGUUUUGUUGCGUGUUUUGAUGCAUUUUAUCCUACAUCAUCAUUGAAAUGGAACUGCUUAUGUGAUUUGCUUUCACAGAUGGAUAAGGGAACUUUAUAUUCGCGUUUACUUAGUGCCAUACUGGCUGGAUUGUGUAAUCCUUCAGUUAAAUUGAGAGCAACGUUUUCACUUUUAACGCCAGGUGCUGAAAGACAAUCUAUUAUAAGUCCAAGUGACAAUUCUGGGCUACCUAUGCUAUCUAGCUCCGAAAAUCACCAAUAUCCAAUAUUAGUUGAACAAAUGAUUUAUCGCACUCAGCAAGAAAAAGUAGAUUUUCUUAGUAAUUCUUGGACAUUUAAAGAUGUUCUUGUCCGACUUCUUGACAUAAUAUCUAACCCCAUAAAAGCAAAAAUAGAAAAUAUCUACAAUCGUAGUAUACACUGUCUUGAAGGUUCUUAUGGAAAAGACACUAAUCAAGGAUUGAUUACAAACUGUUGCCAUCUCUUAGCAAGAGUUCUGGCUGAAAUUGUGUACCAGACUUCAGUUUGGGAUUUUGAUGCAACUUUUAUGCCGCCACGUAGUUUACAUUCGACUGGAAGUAGAUUUGCACGUUCAGAUAUCAGUCGAACAUGGAACACUGGAAAUUUUGGUCCAGAUGCUAUAGCUUUUACAGUAGAUCGACCUGGGAUAGCCAUAGCAGGAUGUAUGGUUUAUUCAGGCUCAGGGGGUUAUGACUAUCAACUUGAACUUUUGUAUGAUAAUACAGUAGAUCCCCAAUCACAACAUAAAUGGGAAACAUUAGAGUCUGUAUCAGGUAGUUAUGAUCAAGAUGCUGUGCAUAAUGAUAUGGCUGAGAUUAAAUUUGAGAGACCAGUUCACAUCAAAGAAAAUACAAGAUAUGCAUUACGUUUAUGUUCUCAAGGAGCUAGAACCUGUUCUGGUGAUUCCGGUUUAGCUUCGUUAAGAGGACCAUGUGGAACGACCUUCACAUUUUAUUGUUGUGAUUUAAGUUUUAAUGGUACAACUCCUACAAGAGGACAGAUCCCUUGCGUUUUGUAUUACAGCACGCCAUUUAAAAGUGAAGGUCAUUUAUCAGAGUACGCAAGUGAAAUAACGGCGAGGGAUACAGCUCUACAGAUUGCUAGUGAUAUUACAAAAAAAUGCACAGAACUUUUAAUAUUAGCUCGCAAUGCUUUAGCAGCAUCGAUAUCUCCAAGUGAUAAAUCACCAAAUUCAUCAAACCAUACUCAAACUAUUGAUUCUGAACAUAAUAUUACACCUAUCGAGGAACAUAUGGACGUCAAUUGGAAAAUAAUAUCUAGAAAUUCUUUAACUCAGGAAUCCAAUAUAUCAGCUGCCCGUGAUAUAACAAAGCGUAUUGAAUCAUUUUCUAAAGGUAUAAUUGAGACUCUUAAAUUUGAUAAAAGACCGACAAACCCAUUUGAUGACUUUGAAAUCGAAAUUGGUGCAACGGAAAUUAAUCCAAAAGAUUUAAUUGGUGAAGAAAUUAUCGAUCGGAAUUACAAAAUUGGACGUAAUAAAUUGAAUGGAAACGAUAGAACAGAUAAUCAAGUUAUUAACAGCUAUAUGAAAGAAAUGUCUAAAAGUGAUUCAGAUGAUGACACUCAAUUAACAAUAGUUCAACUUUUAGAAUUAUUUAAUAUAAAUUCAUCAAGUAUGUUCAACACAUUAUUACCACUAGUUUAUGCACAUAUUGGAGCAUUGGCAUGCAGUGAUCCAAAAAGUUCUGUACAAAUACUUGAUUUAAUAAAAGAAAUUUUGCCACAUGUCGCUGCUUUAAAUCAAUUAUACGCAAGUAAAGAUUAUAAUUUUGGAGAAAAAGAAGCAAAACAUGUUAGUAGACCUUUUGACGAGAUUAGUAAGAAGAAAAUCGAUGAGGGAGACAGAUUUAUUGAUAUGUGUACAACAAGUAACCAUUAUUGUAUCGUAGAAAGUGAACAUCCAUAUAAAAAUGGUUCAAUUAAUACUUACAGAGUUGAAUUUCCUGCUUGUGUACAAUGGUUCACUGUUGAAUUUGAUGCACAAUGCGGCACUGCACAAAUGGAAGAUUAUUUAGUUGUUUCCAUUCCAACUAAAACACAAAUAGUUGAACCAUGCACUGCAACUGAAGAUUUUAUUGAAGUAGAUAACAAUAUGUGCUCUAGUAGAACGAGCUGCAAAAAUGCCAGUCUUAUAAGCAGCUGUUACAAUAAAUUAAUGGAGGGCAAAGAAAAUUUCAGAGACAUGAAAAAUAUAGAUUCAGAUUGGAUUAUGAUUAAGAAAUAUAAUACGUCAUCUCAUUGGACGCAAAAUUCUUUAGUUUUGCCGGGGAAUAGAGUUGAAUUUUCGUUGGAAACUGCUUCUUUAUACGCUCAAGAUCAAAAAGCAAAUAAAUUUGGAUUUAAAUGUUUGGUUGUUGGUUAUGAUAACCCAAAUUUUAUUAGUGCUGUUAAUUCUUGUUUAAUUCGAUUGGAAUAUGAGUUAGCGUAUCUUGGAGGAAUGUGUAGUGCAAACUUAAUGAAGAAGGAUUUAAAUUUACCUGAUGACAAAAAUACAGAGGAUAUUGCUGGCAUUGAAGAAACUGUAAAUGCGCAUCAAAUUCUUUUGUCGAAAGGUUUAGCUUUGUCAGAUUCAGUUUUAUCAAUCAAUCAGUCGUUGGAAUCAUUUUUGCCAUUAGGGUAA